AAAGAUAAGUGAAUGAAUUAUUAUCCAAAGAUAGUACAUUUUAUAAGUUAUUGUCAUGUUAAAAUGUCACAAUUAAACGUUAGUGAAGGUGCUACAAGAAUAGGAUCAGAGGCUGAAACAUCAAAUGAAGCAAGAGAACUGGGAAUUAUUUUCUAUGAUGAAAUUUAUGAUACUAGACCAGUUUAUUCUCAGCCAACAGUCAUCACUUCAACAACAAAUACUAGAGAUGAACGAGCUCAGAACAGACGACCAAUUCCUGUAAUUACUUCUGAUUGGAUUUCGACGCCUCGAUCGCAGCUCAGUGUACUUUCCGGAACUUAUUUUUUAUCCGGAGUUGAACAAUUAGAAAUUCAAAGAGUAAUCGAUUUAAGUACUUUACUUGGAACAUAUAAAAAAGGAAAUCAAUAUAAGGUGAAAAUUCCAAAAGCCGAGACUCUUUUUUUAGCAAUUGAAUCUUCAAAUGAAAAUCAACGACGAUUUUUAAAAUCUUCGAGACCAUUUACUUUGAAUAUUCUGGAUCCUUCUGGAGAAACUGCUUUUACAAUUACAAAAGAUGUUGGCUGGGGAUGUUUACCUGGAUGGUUGCAUAAAAUUAAAGUGGAAUCCACAGAGUUUAUUGGAACCGUAGAGCAAAAAUUUACACUUUUGGGUCCGUAUUUCACGGUUUAUGAUGCAGCAAAAAAUCCUCUUUGCUAUAUUGAAGGUCCCAAUGUUUAUUCAUGUUGCAUGUACAAAGAAGCAUGUUUUCAGGUUUUACCAAUUGAUGGAUCUUGUCAAUUGGCUUCAGUAAUGCGCAAAUUUGACAAUAAUCUUGCUGAUUACAUUUUAUUAUUAACAUUUCCAGAAAAUAUGAAUAUUAAACUGAAAAGUUUACUAUUGGGUGCAACUUUUUUAAUUGAAUAUUUAUAUUUUGAGGGCCUUUGAACUGAGAGCCAAUAAUUAAACUCUAUUUUAUACUUGUACAUAUACGCCAAAUAUUUAUGUAAAUAAAUAGAAUAAAUAAAAUAUUUAUAAUUUUUUUCAUAAAUUA